GACAAUUUAGAAUAAAACGUCAAAAUCGAAAUUAUGUGAAUUUUGCAACGUUUGUGUAUUUCUACUAAGAUUACAGUGUUUUACGUAAUUUAUUUACAAGUUCCUGUGCCGCGCUUGUGUUCAUAGCGACGCCAUGUGGACGGACAGUUUUGGUUUCCUACUUUUCAUGAUUGUUCUAAGCUCCAAUUACGCGUAUUCAGUGAGUGUGAAAGACAAGUACGCCUGGGACUUGCUGAUCUUUACACAACAAUGGCCCCAGACUGUGUGUAAGGAGUGGAAACAACACAACCCGUCCCAUAAGUGUUCACUGCCAUCUAAUCCGGAGAUCUGGACCAUCCAUGGCGUGUGGCCGACUAAACUGCACACCAUCGGGCCCGCGUAUUGCAACAGAUCCUGGCAUUUCGACCCUGAGGCCGUAAAAUCCAUUGAGGCACCUCUUACUCAAUUAUGGACCAACAUUGAAGGAGACACAGAAACUUACGCCUUAUGGUCUCACGAAUGGACGAAGCACGGCACGUGUGCGGCUGAACUGGAACCUCUCAACUCCGAGUUCAAGUACUUCUCCAACGGUCUCAACUGGAUGCGUAAAUACACCAUGUCUGACAUACUAGCCGCUUCCAAAAUUGUCCCGUCCAAUGAAGUUCAGUACACACUUGUCAAUAUCUACUUGGCCGUCACUACGAAACUCCGUGUCAACCCAGCCAUUGAAUGCAGAAACGUCGACGGAAAGAGCUGGCUUGUCGAAAUUCGCAUUUGCUUCAAUAAGACUUUACAUUUAACCGACUGUGAUGGCAUUAAAGGUUUCAAACAUAAGAGCGCCCCCUACGACCAUGAGACUAUUGUCACCGACAUACUGACUAACUGUGACCCGCAACAAAAGAUUCUGUACCCGAAGGAUUACCGUCCCGUUGCACCAUUUGUCAUUGUACAGCUGUAUAAACUAGUGUCUUGGCUGCAGUGGUUCACUUUGUAACACUAUUUUUGAGUUUCAUACCACUAUAUUUGUCUACUCAUCGUAGGUAAUUUCGGCUAUAUAAAAAAAUGAAUGUUUGAAACUCAGCCAUCAGAUUAGUACAAGUUAUGUUUUUUUUUGUAUAUUUGAAAUUGUGAUGUCAGUUAUGGACAUUCAGGCAGAGCCUGUUUAAAGCAUAAUGCCU